AUGAUCAAAAGUCGUGACCUGAACCACAGAACACAAGUUCCAAAAGAUGUCAGCUCUCCAUUCAUGGUAACAUUUGCUGCCUCUGGCAGCGAUACUGACCCUACGAAAUGGAGCUUCAGGCUUAGAGCAUUGGCGACCAUAAAUGUCACUCUCAUAGCAUGGAUCACCACUGUUGCGUCAAGCAUUGAUGCAGCCGCGCUCGUUCCUGCCGCUCAGGACUUUGGCGUGUCAACGAAGAUUGAAUCGCUAGCAACGGCAUUGUUCCUCGUGGGCUUGUCCUUUGGAGUUCUUACCGCCGGGCCAAUCUCUGAAGAGUACGGACGUAGUGCUGUAUACAUCGCAACGAUGGCCUUAUUCAUGAUCUUCACCAUGGCCUCUGCUCUGGCUCCCAAUAUGGCAUCACAAGCUGUAUUUCGAACUGCUGCCGGUUACUUCGCUGCAGCACCGCUCUGCUGUGCUGGUGGUUCUGUGUCGGAUCUAUGGACCCAUACGGAGCGAGCCUGGGCGUUCCCGGCAUUCGCGGUCAUCGCCUUUACAGGUCCAAUUUGCGGACCGAUCAUUGGGGGCUACAUCGUUGAGUCAAAGACUUUGAGCUGGAGAUGGUGCGAGUGGGUCACAUUGAUAAGUUCCGCCGCAAUACUGCUGUCUGUGACCCUUGUCCAGCCGGAAACACACCCACCGACCCUACUUCGAUGGCGUGCCAAACGGCUUCGCACCAUCGAAUGCAACCAACGAUUCUUCGCUGAAGUCGAUCUCAACCGCAUCACCUUCAGGCAGCGCCUGAGAGCUGCACUGUAUCGGCCAUUGGCCCUUCUUUUCAACGAGCCUAUCGUGAUGUGCCUGAGUUUGUACCUGACCGUGAUAUACGUGGUCAUCUUUGUCUUCUUUCAAGGAUAUGACUACAUAUUCAGAGAAAUGUACGGCUUCAGCCAAGGCAUGACCGGAGUCGCAUUCGCGGGCACUGCAGUCGGCAUCAUCCUUACAGCAUUCCAAAUCCCGCUCGUCUACCAACGAUAUAAAGCAGAUCUGGCCUUGGCAGUCAGCAAUGGAGACGACCAUGUCCCGCCCGAACGUCGACUGACAUUCGCAAUCUACGGUGCACCUUUCCUCCCAAUUUCAAUGUUCUGGAUCGGCUGGACCUCUUCUCCAACCAGCUCUUACUGGUCACCGUUAGCCGGAAGCAUCUUCCUAGGCUACAGUACGCUUUGCAUCUACAUGUCUUCAUAUCAGUAUCUCAUCGACGCCUAUGGACCUCAUUCUGCAAGUGCUUUGGCAAGCGUCACAUUUGUGCGGUACCUGGUGUCUGCGGGAAUGUACGUCGCUGCGAUCCCGAUCUUCGAUCACUUGGGCGUGAAAUGGACCUUGACGAUCUUGGGAAUCGUCAGCGCUUUGAUGACCCCAAUACCAUACAUUCUGAGCAGAUAUGGAGAUAGAAUUAGAAAGAGUUCUCGAGGUUCGUACCGACGUUGA